UUUAUCAACAUUCCUGUAAUGCAGUCAUUUGCAUUACUGUUUAAAAAUAGAAUAGAACAACUAAAUAUGUCAACAACUGACUUGACCACAAUUAUCAACGUAAACGCUGCAUUUGGAAUGAGUUUGGGAUUGAUAACUGGCCCCUUAUUGAAGAGGUAUGGUUACAGAAAAGUGGCGUUAGUUGGCGCCUUCUCGUCUUUUAUUGGUAUAACUGCAACCAGCUGGGCCUCAAAAUUUAUCGAUUUUCUUAUAACCUACAGUCUCAUCACGUCUAUGGGGACUUUUCUGCUCAUGUCAGCAUUUUCCCUGGCAACCAACACGUAUUUCCGCGAACGUCGAGGAUAUGCAUCUGGAAUGUCUACAACGCUGACGGGCCUGGGACCUGUUGUAAUGCCGCAAGUUAUAACUUUCCUGUUAUACUACUAUGGUACGACAGGAACAACAAUGAUUUUAGGAGCACUUUCAAUGCAUUCAGUUCCUGCAGCUCUUUUAUUACAACCUGUAAAAUGGCACAUGAAAACUGUCAUUGUUCCCUGUGAUGAAGAUGAAAAAAAAGAAGAAGAAGAAAAGCUGUUGAAACAGCAGGAUGGGAAACCAUCAACGGGAGAACCUCGACGAAGAAGUCGUCGUAACACUGUUAAUUCAGGAGAUCAAGACGAUGUUGACAGUUACUCCUUACAUGGUUAUGAAACUCCAAUUGUCAUACACCGCAAAUUUGAAUCUAAUCAACAACUGAAUAGGAGAAGAAAGUCCUCUGCAUUUUCGAGAAGUAUAUCACAGAAUGAUGACAUUCCUGACGACAUUCUUCAGAGGCGUUUGAGUAUUAUCAAAAACGAGAAUUGUAAAUCACAUGAUACAGUGAAUCUUGGAAGCAGUGUCAAAAUAUUUGACGAAAAAAUGUAUCAUCUCACGGCGAAUAUGGACGAAAUAAAUGAAAAACAUAGAGAUGAACGAAUCUCAAAAACUCCCCAACCGGAGGAAUCUAAAAUCAGUUUCAGAUGUGACGUGGAAUGUAAUAUGUGGAAUGAAAGCGAUAAAGAAAAGCCCAGAAGUCCAGUACAGAGAUGUUGGAGAUUUAUUGUAGAGUUUUUUGACCUCGAUCUUUUAAAAGAUCCAGGAUAUGUUAUUUUAAUGGUGGGAAUGUCUCUAGCAAUUUGUGCAGAACUGAAUUUUUCUCUCUUUACGCCACUCAUUUUAGGCGAUUUUGGAUUUUCUAUCCGACAGAUUGCCACUCUUAUGUCAAUUAUAGCUUUUGUGGAUAUUAUAUUCAGAUUUCUGGCUCCUUUUAUUGGAGAUAAAUUACAAUUUACCGCUCAAAACAUGUAUCUACUUAGUCUCAUCAUGUUAAUUACAUCUAGGACAAGUUUAAUGAUAUUUCACGAUUACGUCUCAGCUAUAAUUGUUGCAUGUGGACUUGGAGUUGCUAAAGGGUUUCGUACUGUGUACAUGGCUCUGGUAAUACCAAGUUAUGUUCCACUGCAUAGAUUGGCAUCCGCAUCUGGAAUACAAAGUGUAGUGAACUGCGUGUUCAUAGUCUUGUCAAUUCCACUUAUGGAUAACUAA